AUGCCACCAGUCCUGAUUUUCUUGGCCUUUCUUCUGCUGCUUGGAGCUGGUACAGAUGGCUUGGGGGAGAUCAUCGGGGGCCAUGAGGUCAAGCCUCACUCUCGCCCCUACAUGGCACAUGUGAAGUUUGUGAAAUUUAAUGGCAAUAGAAGUUCCUGUGGAGGCUUCCUGGUUCGAGACUACUUUGUGCUAACAGCUGCUCAUUGCAAUGGAAGCUCAAUGACAGUAACACUGGGGGUCCACAAUAUUAAGGCUAAGGAGGAGACUCAGCAGAUCAUCCCUGUGGAAAAAGCCAUUCCCCACCCGGCUUUUAAUAGUGCGGCCCACACCAGUGACAUCAUGAUAUUAAAGCUGAAGAGUAAGGCCAAGAGAACUAAAGCUGUGAGGCCCAUCAAGUUGCCCCGGAACAAUGCCCGGUUGAAGCCAGGGGAGGUGUGCAGUGUGGCUGGCUGGGGGAAAACAUCCAUCAAUGCCACUGAAAGAUCUGCCAUCCUACUAGAGGCCCAGCUAAUCAUCCAGGAUGACCAGAAAUGCAAAAAAUCCUUCCAUCGCUAUUCCAAGACCACACAGAUUUGUGCUGGAGACCCAAAGAAAAUACAGGCUCCUUACAAGGGUGACUCUGGGGGACCCCUUGUGUGUAACAACAAAGCAUAUGGAGUUUUAGCCUAUGGAAAAAAUAGGACAAUCUCUUCAGGAGUCUUCACCAAGGUUGUGUACUUCCUGCCGUGGAUAAGCAGAAACAUGAAGCUCCUCUAA